GGGGCGAUGGGCGCACAGCGGGAGGGAGGAGAGUUGGAUGGUGAAGAAGAAGAUGACGACGAUGAAGAUGACGACGACGAUGCUGAUGACGGUGACGUUGAUGACGAUGAUGAUGGUGGUGGUGGUGGUGGCGUUGUUUAUGUUGUUGCCUGGCGGCCUCUGCUUACUCGGUCUCGCCGCCUGUGCAGAGAACGGCGCAACGGGUCCAGCAGCAGCAGCAGCAGGAGCCCCCUCCGCACCCCCACAAAACAUCGUGUGCGUGGCCCUCAGCUCCAGCAGCCUGCUGGUCAGCUGGGAGCCGCCACCCGCACACGACGGCGGCAGCAGCAGCAGCAUCACGGGGUACACGGUCGCAUACAGGGAGCUGCCCAGCCAAGGCGCAGACGCAGCAGACGACCAACAAGGGGACGAACUAGCUGACGAACUAUGGGACGCACCAGCUGACGCACUAUGGGACGUACUAUCUGACGCACUAGCUGACGAACCAGCUGACGCACUAGCUGACGAACCAGCUGACGCACCAGCUGACGCACCAGCUGACGCACUAUGGGACGUACUAGCUGACGAACCAGCUGACACACUAGCUGACGCACUAGCUGACGAACCAGCUGACGCACUUGCUGAUGAACCAGCUGACACACUAGCUGACGCACUUGCUGACGAACCAGCUGACACACCAGCUGACGCACUAGGGGACGCACUAGCGGACGAACCAGCUGACAAACUAGCUGACGCACUAUGGGACGCACUAGCUGACGCACUAGCUGACAAACCAGCUGACACACUAGCUGACGCACUCGUGGACACACUAGCUGACGCACUAUGGGACGUACUAGCUGACGAACCAGCUGACGCACCAGCUGACGCACCAGCUGACGCACCAGCUGACGCACCAGCUGACGCACCAGCUGACGCACCAGCUGACGCACUAUGGGACGUACUAGCUGACGCACUAGCCGACGCACCAGCCGACGAAUCAGCUGACAAACCAGCUGACGCACCAGCUGACGCACUAGCUGACAAACCAGCUGACGCACUAGCUGACAAACCAGCUGACGAACCAGCUGACGCACCAGCUGACGCACUAUGGGACGCACUAGCUGACGCACUAGCUGACGAACCAGCCGACGCACCAGCCGACGCACCAGCCGACGCACCAGCCGACGCACCAGCUCACGCACCAGCCGACGCACCAGGGGACGAAGCGAACGUCACGGGCGGGCGGCCGAGCGGGGGAAGGGGUGGCUGGUGCCGGACGCCGCGGCAGCCCGCGGACGUGAGGAGCGUGACGCUGAGCGGGCUGCUGCCCGAGGGGGCCCUGUACGAGGUGACGGUGCGGGCCCACACGGCGGUUGGCCCGGGGCUCUCGUCACUGCCCGUCCAGGCGCGCGCACACCACCACGCUGCCACCACGCUGCCCACCUCUCGUGGCUCCUCCCCACACUCGUCCGUGAUGUCUACGGGAGACGAGCCGACGUUCCGCGCCAGCGGCAUCAGCGCCUCCUCCAUCGGCUUCCUGUGCGUGGUGGUGGUGAUUGCGCUGCCUUCCGUGGUGGGGUGCCUCGUGUGGGGCCGACAGAGCGCCUCCAAGCGUCCCGCGGACGGGCGAGGAGGGAACGCCCAGAGCGUGGUCCCCAAGAGCGAUGCCGAGUGCAGGUUCUUCUCCGCACCCCACUGGUCUCCUCCGCGGACCAGCGUCGUCUCCUCUCGCGCGCCCCGCACGUACUCCCUCCUCAACUCCGCCACUCGUCCUCACGCCCGCUGCUCCUGACAAGGGACCAGUGUCUCCUCUCGCGCGCCCCGCACGCGCUCUCCCGUCAGUCGCUCCGCUCCUCCCCGCUCCGCACACCGCUGGCCGACGGUGUGCGGAAGCCCCCUCAGUCACGUGGCUGAUGGGGCGGCGGCCACCCCAC